AUGUGCGACCAAAAGAUUCAGAUCAUUGGCGGUGGGACUUUUGGUCUUUCCACAGCUUACCACUUAGCUAAGAAUGGUUACACCGAUAUUACUGUUAUUGAUAGAGAAGAAGUUCCAUCAAAAUUUUCAGCAGGUUACGAUUUGAAUAAAAUCAUACGUCCUGAAUAUGAGGACCAAUUUUACACUAAUUUGGCCCUAGAUGCUAUUUCCAUGUGGGAAUCUGAUGAUUUCAAGCCAUAUUAUCAUAAAGUGGGAUAUGUUAAUUGUAAUUCCUCCAAAGCCCCUAAGAAAACUUUGGAUGUUACUGAUACUUUCUUCAAUAGUUUGAUCUCCAAUGAUAAAUUCCCCAAAGGUGGAGUUGAAAAAUUAACUACCGAAGAAGACUUUAAACGAGUUUUACCCCUUGACAUAGAUUUCAAAGGCUGGAGUGGAUAUUAUAAUCGUCAUGCUGGUUACGCUCAUGCUCUCAAAGCAUUACAGUUUGUUGCUAAAGAUUGUAAGAGAAUGGGAGUCAAAUUCGUAGUUGAUAGAAUCGAAUGUAUGGUAUAUUCCAGUACUAAGAAAUGUCUUGGUGUGAUGGGAGAAUCAGGUGAAAUUUAUAGAGCUGAUUUGACUAUCAUGGCCAUGGGAGCUCAUAUUUCCAAAGUAUUCCCUGAUUUAGCUGUCACUCCAAAAGCGUGGAGUGUAGGACAUUUACAUUUAUCCGAAGAAGAGGCUGCUCCCUUAAAAGACAUGCCAGUAUUUAACUGUAGAGAUAUUGGGUUCUGUUUUGAACCUGAUGAAGAUAAUAAUAUCUUAAAGAUGUGUAACAGUUCCGCUGGUUGGGUCAAUUGCGAGAAAACUGAUAUCUCGGUACCCACUGAAUCAAACGAUGGGGUUUGUGAAGUUGACAAAGAAGCUUUAGAUUAUCAAGCUAAAAUAUUUUUCCCAAAUGUUGACAAACCAGUAGUUGAUCGUAAAAUUUGUUGGUGUUGUGAUAGAACCAACAGUGAUUUUGUUAUAGAUUACCACCCUGAUUACACCAAUCUUCUUCUUGCCACUGCUGAUUCCGGUCAUGGAUUUAAGAUGUUGCCAAUCUUUGGUAAAUGGGUAUUAGGAAGAAUCCAAAACAAUCUCUCGGAAGAACAAAGCUCCAGAUGGAAAUGGUUCGAAGAUGAAAAAGAGAUUGAUGAUGUUUCCUGGAGAUUAGGGAAAGUAAUGAAUUUGUCUGGAGAGGAGAGAUUUUAA